AUGUCUCGGAGAAAGAAGAAAGAUCACUCAUGGGCAGAUAUUCAAAUCUUAGAACCAUCAAUUCCUAUUGACAAAUUAGAAAAUGAGAUAAGAAAGUACAACCCAGCUUCAUAUCCUGCUUUUAAUGAACUCAUCAAAAUUUUUACAGAAAAGAAGAUUAACAGCAUCAUAGUAUUAGGACUCGGCGAUAUGUGUACAGAAAUCAGCGCAAGAAAACAGAUUUCAUUCAUUCUUUCAAUCAUCGAAAAAUUUGAUAUCAAAAAUAUUCGUUUUUACGACCCGAUAUCAUGCAAGAAUUGCAAUGGAUUCCUGGAAUCAAAAGGAUUUCAUAUUGAUUCAGAAAAUUUAUAUGGCCAAUAUGAAGCUUCACCAAAUUCUGCAUUUUUUAUAUUCCAUGGCCCACACUUCUUGUAUCACAAUCUAAUUACAACCAAUCUAACUCCUGAUAAGUUAGCGAAUAUAGUUAUAAUAGGUAAUUCGAUUGAAAAUUCAAGAAACUUGAAAAAUUCAUCUGGAUUUAUAAUGGGGGAGGCAUUUGAUGCUGGAAUAUUAAAUGAAACAAUGUUGAAUUUUAAUCAUGAUCCUUCUUUUGAUAAUACAGCACUAAUAACAGCUCAAACCGAAAACUUCCCUCCAUUAGAUAACAAGAUUUGGAGUAAGCGCCAAAUCAUAAUAUCAGAUGGAGAAAAAUGA